UCCGCGUAUUUGCCCGAAUUGACUCGAUAAUCCGUCGAGCAGAUACGUUUAUCGUAACGAGCGCCCUGUGUGUCGUAUGAACCUACUGCCGCCGAUUACGCAGCGUUCCAAUCGAAUACCACAUCGCCGCGUUGAAGUGUUCUUGAGGUUGUUUUUCUUACUCGUACGCCCAGUUGCACCGUGUGGUCUGUAGGUGCGCAUUCGGAAAACAGUUCUCCACGAACGCUCCGGAACGUGGUUUCGGGAUUGCCCCAAAAAGAACCGGGUCGCGAAGGGUGGCAGUGAAAACUGCAGCCGCUACCGGUAGCCAAGACCGACCCUCGAGAGUCAGAAGGCGAAGAACGGAUUUCUUUUCGACUUACCGUUCAACCGGCACGGAUGGAAUAAAAUAGAAUCCUAUCGCGGACGGGGCGAGAAGCAUGCGAGCUGAGAAGGCGAUCAUACAAUCCCGGGAAUAACCAGUACGAGAGAGUCACGAGAAGAAUAGCAUUUAAAGAGGGCGCCUCUGGCGGCGGUCGUGAAUACUUAAGGCGUACAGCGUAAAGAAUAGUACAAUUUCUAGAACGUUCUGCGUGCGCUACUGGAACAAACGGAAUGGGUGCCUUUUUAGAAAAGCCAAUUACGGUGAAACACAACGAGCACGGCGAGGGCAAUGGGUUGCGGUUCGGUGUGGGCGCCAUGCAGGGCUGGCGGUGCGAGAUGGAGGACGCUUAUCACGCGAAGACGGGCCUCGGCGAAAAGCUGGAGGACUGGAACUACUUUGCGAUGUUCGAUGGGCACGCCGGCGACAAUGUGGCGAAGCACUGCGCGGCCAAUCUAUUGCAGCGCAUCGUUAGCACGACCGAGUUUAGCAACAACGAUAUAACGCGAGCCAUUCAUGCCGGAUUCCUGAAACAAGACGAGGCGAUGCGCGACAUUCCCGAGCUCGCGUCCGGCGUCGACAAGUCCGGCACGACGGCCGUCUGUGCAUUCAUUUCGCGCGACCACCUGUACAUAGCAAACUGUGGCGAUUCGCGGGCUGUUCUCUGUCGGAACGCGCAACCAAUCUUCACAACACAGGACCACAAACCGAUCUUGCCGGGCGAGAAGGAGCGCAUCCAGAAUGCGGGCGGCUCGGUGAUGGUGCAGCGAGUGAACGGCAGUCUGGCGGUCAGCCGAGCACUGGGCGAUUACGACUACAAGAACGUGCGGUCACUCGGUCAGUGCGAGCAGCUCGUUUCACCCGAACCGGAAAUCUUCUGUCAGGACCGUGAUCCGGCCGAUGAGUUUCUCGUUCUCGCCUGUGACGGUGUGUGGGACGUAAUGACCAACCUUGAGCUCUGCCAGUUCGUACACAAUCGGCUCCAGCUGUCGGACGAUCUGGUCGUUGUGGCGAAUCAGGUAAUCGACACAUGCUUGCAGAAAGGCAGCCGGGACAAUAUGAGUAUCAUCAUCAUCGCGUUUCCGGGCGCACCGACGCCCUCGGAGGAGGCACAAACACGGGAGGUAGCGCUCGAGGCCCACUUGCGCAAGCGCGUAGAGACAAUACUGAGACAGAUGAACGAGGUCGACUUUGGCGAACUGCUGCGCGAGCUGGGCGGUGAAGACAUUCCCGAUCUUCCGCCGGGCGGUGGUCUGCACGCCAAGUCCACCUUCAUUUCGGACGUAUUCAAGGAGCUGCAUCCAUAGCUAGCGGAUAGAUGCGAGCCCGGGAACUACUAAGAGACCGAGCGCACACCGUCACCCGUACACGAGUGUUCUUUUGCUCCCGGUCCCUCCAACAGCCCGGGCGGAGGGGACCACCAAACGUACAGCGGCUGAGCAACGGCGGCAGAUGGUGUGCCCCGGAAGCAUAGUAACUAUCCCGAAGGAAGUGCUCUCGGCAACAAACUUGUGUCACACCCGACCGCGUGUUAUCUGUUAUCUCUUGUACGAUCCUUGAUAUCUCCUCUGCCGCAUUACCAUGCAUGAGAUUAGCUACCAAAAAACAAAAAGUAAGAGAAAGUCGUUGAUUGUGUGUGCCCAUUGCUCAUAUUACCAAAGGGAUUUUAAGGAAAUUCCACUCUGUGUGCAGGUGGGGCGAGCCCGUUCCGGGAGCCUCCGGCAGCCUAUGGCAUCAAGGAACGCAGAAAACAAGAAGAAAAAGAAACUCUUAUCAUAUUCUUACGCGCAUCUAUCACACAUACCCCCAUUCACACAUACACACACACACUAAAGCACACAUACACAACCGAAAUGGUAGUCGUAGCUAAUAAGGCUGUGUUACAUUGUUGCUGUUAGUAGAGACGAAAUCAAGCCACGGAGCGAAUGGAGCAGAAAAUGCGAAAAAACCCACUAAAAACAUUGCGAACAACAAAGAGUUGUCUUCAAAAAUAGGUGCCAAGUUCAUAAGAAAAGGGUGGCCGCAGCGAAAGGGAAACAAAACUUGUACAGAACACACACGACACAGACUCCGAAAAAUCCGCGCGGCUGCGUCGUGCUGCUUUUGCCCCCGGGCGCCAUCCGCGGCCGGCACUAGGCCGUGCUAGUGAGUGGUCAAUAGAAACGUACCACAAACUUGUUAUCAGAAUGGGAUUCAGCCACACCCGCCCACAGAUCGGCGUUCGUUUUCAGAAGCGUUUUUCUUCUUCAAUUAUUAUUUUCUUAACAUUACAAACCAAAAGAGCCGAUUUUAAUAACUCCCAACCAUCUUUUAUGAAGUAUAUAAUUGUAUUUUUUUUUCGGGGGGAGCCAAAUCCAUUCUUUGGCGUAUGCAUUUUUGCUGGCUUUUUUAUGAUUGUCCUUCCUUCCUCUUUUAUCUGGUUCUGUUGAACGUAAACGUAAAGAUAUCGUUAGUUUAGUGUGUUGUGAUAGUGUUAGAGAAUCGUGUUUGUUUAUUUUAAAUUCGGAACAUCGCCGAGGAGUGCGCGCUGCUGUCGGGAUGAAGUAGAAAAGAAUCGUUAAGCAGUGGUGCCCCCGAUGAAUGCUCCAUCGAAUGCAACACGUAACGAUUGGUUCCGAGCUCGUGCGAGGGUUGCCAAGGAAACGAACAGAGAAAAGACAUUAAUGGGUAACGAAACAAACGACAACGGCAGGAUCAUCAGGAUCAGAGUGGUAAGAAUUGUGUAGUGUAGACUGCGGACGAAGGAAAGAGAAUCAACUUGUAGAGUAUAGAUUAGAACAAAAUCCACAGAACGUUGUAAGUAACAGUCAUACCCCCUCGGUGUGUGUGUGUGUGUGUCUUUCUUUUCAUGGAAAUAUUUUGUGAUACCAAGCAAAAUUAGUGUCCCAGGUCACCAGGCAUUUAACAGAAAAGAAACAUGAAACCGAGCAGAGAAUGGCGGCGGCAACGCCUGCUUCGAUCCUGCGAAGUUGUUGAAACGAAAAACAAUACAUUCCAAUCGGAGAUGGCGCACACUAUCGAGUUUUAUUUCCACUGUGACAAACUCAUCUUCCAGGCCAUCACAGGGGGCGAUAAGCUAUGUAGCGCGGACGGAAUGUGUGGACAUUCAUUUUUCUUUUUGUGUGGACGCGCCAUUAGUGAAAGCGAACAAGCAGAAUGCACUUGUAAUGUAGUAGAGAUGGCUUCAGAAGCGGUCAGGAAACAAUGAGACUAAUUCUAAACUCGAUCCAAUCUCGUUUAGAAACAUAAAAUGUAAAACACUGGUUUUCAUAAACACUACCCGGCGUUCCCCCUAUCGUACACGGUUGUGUGUCUUUGAUUCCCGCUGGUGUGGACUCCUCCCGGAAGGAGGUGUUGAUUGAACCAAUGAUUUGUUCUCCCAGUGUCCCAGUGAGUCCCAGUGCAUAUUAAAAAACAAAGCGGCGUGCAUUCCCGAGUAUCGUAGAACGUUAUUUAUAUUUAUCAAUGUACGAAGCCAAGCAGGCGCAGCGCUAAAAGGAAGUGUAUAAUAGUAAAAGCGUAAACCGAAAUUUGUAACCUCUGAUAGCAGCAGGCGUUGCGGUGCGCGAAUGCGUGUUACACACUGUGGUUGCUUCUCGUGUUCACUUUGGAAACGAAAAGUAAAGUGCGGUACGUAGUAAAUUGCAUUUAAUCGCGUCGAUGAUUGAUUUGUUAAAGACGGGAGGGCAGACCAUAACAUGUUGGCAGAAUAAACUGAAAGUGUUGCAAAGUUUCCACAAAAGCUGUACCGCGAAAAGUUUCUGCCUUAGGUCUUUGUUUCCGGCUUCCGGCCGGAGAACAUUGGAUUUCGUUUCGAAAUUAAUUUCAGUUAGCGGCCAAAAGGCACCGAUUGUAAUAGGCUUGCAAGGAAAGGGCAGCAGCGUAUCUGCGGAUGCGGAUGCGUUAGGAGGCCCUCGCCGUCGUACCAGUUACAGGAAUCCUCCUUCUCCGUAAUCCGUCUAUGAUCGGUGUAGGGUGAACAACCUUUGCCCGUUUUCCCACCCGCCGUCGUCGGCAAUCGAGUGUGUCCGCAACCGGAAACCAAACAAACAAAAACUGUGUAACACACAUGU